AGAAAGCCUCAGCAAUCAACAUGCUUCCACCGCCAGAUCCCUCAUCACUGCUGAACGACAUUGAGGAGUACGCCUUCCUCAUUCUACGAUUCAUGUUUUCAUUCUGGUCACUAUUAAUCUCUUACAACAUGAUAUCUGCUUUUACCAAUCUUUGCUUAUUCAGAAGGAUCUACAUAGGACUACUCAGAAGAAUGUACAGGUUGUUUGGCUUUAAGGCGAAACGCUCUGUCGUUAAAAAUAAAACCGUCCGUUUUCAAGACGACAUAAUUGAUAAUGGAGGUGUUGGGAGUACUUUGACAAGGAGAAGAUCAAACAAAUCUUUUAAAGGCGAAUUCCAAAUUGGUGACAUUGUUGAUUAUGUUCACGAUGGGAUAGAGGUAAUUAUUGAGGAUGAGGUAACCAAAUGCUUUUCAACUGAAGAUGUGGAAGAGUGGAAUCUUAUGAGUAGAACAAGAUUCAAAGAGAAUUUAGGGUUAAAGAUGGAGUUACUCUUAAUUUUGUCCGUCAUAUUCAGGUUUACCAUAUUCCUUCUCAUCAGACUUCCAAUAGGCAUAGCUAGUCUAUUGUGGCUCAUAAUUACUAUGGUAGUUCUCUCUAUUAUUAGAUUCCUCUUCCCCCACUCACGUACUGUGAAACAAAUAGAAAGAUACUGUGUCAUGGUAUGCAGUAGACUCAUAGCUGCUGCCUUUUCAGCUGUAGUGAAUAUACAACACGCGGAGAAUCGUGCUAAACUGGGCAGUGUGUGUGUGGCUAAUCACACCACUCCAGUAGACAUCAUCAUGCUGGCAGUUGACAAUUGUUUUACACUGGUAGGACAGAGACAUGGUGGCAUAAUGGGUGUAGUACAAGUGGCUUGUUCUCUAGCUCAGGAACACAUCUGGUUUGAGAGGAAGAUUGCCUCAGACAGACGCAUGGUGGCCAGCAGGCUAAAAGAGUUUCUGAGCAAUCCUAUGAAUAAUCCUAUAUUAAUAUUUCCCGAAGGUACAUGCAUCAACAAUACUAGUGUUUUCAUGUUCAAGAAAGGGUGUUUUGAGUUAGGGGCCACUAUCUUUCCAGUUGUGAUCAAGUAUCACAGAGAAUUUGCUGAUCCUUAUUGGAAUUCACAGGAACAGAGUAUGGUGACGUACCUAGCUAUGCUCAUGACAAGCUGGGCCAUUGUCUGUGAUAUUGACUACCUCAACCCAACAACACUAAAAGAAGGAGAAACUGCAAUUGAGUUUGCAAACAGAGUCAAGGCAGAUAUAUGUAGACGAGGUGGUCUAGUUGAUUUACCCUGGGACGGCAUGAUAAAGAGGCCAGCAGGCACAGAGAGCUACCUGAACAAGCUGAUUGAGGAAGAGAGGAGGACAUACUUAGAGGAGCUUCUUGAUAAAGAGGACAAUGAGAGUGAUGACGAUGAAGGCGGACUUGUCAUGAGAGCAAACAGAGACAGGGAGAGACAGUAAAGUCAACAAAUGAUUAUAACACACACACAAAAUAAUAAUAAUAAUAGUUCUUAUUAUUAUCAUUCUCUUGUCUUCUUUUAAUUUGAUUUUUUGAUCUCAAUACAUCAUGCAUUAUGAA